ACUAAAUUGUUACAGUGGAGGUUUUCUGAGGACAUUCAGACACAGUCAAACGACCACCGGUGGGAGCCUGAUGAGACUAAGCCUGUGACGGGGCGCACAGAUCCCGAUCACCAGGAGUUCCCACUCAGCGAAAUUGGGGAAAACAAAUGGCGGAGAACCGGCUCCAGCAUGACCGCGACUCCCACGUUCGCUUCGGAUGAUAGAUGCUUCAUAUACGGAUAACUGGUCGGCGGAUGCUCAAUUGCAGAAGCCAGACAAGCUGGGAGAUGAGUGUUGCCUCCAUGAUGCAGAACAGUCACAGUGGAGUUAACCAGCUGGGAGGGGUGUUUGUGAACGGGAGACCUUUACCCGACUCUACCAGGCAGAAGAUAGUGGAGCUAGCACACAGCGGCGCUCGACCCUGUGACAUAUCCAGGAUACUACAGGUGUCCAAUGGCUGUGUGAGUAAGAUCUUGGGCCGCUAUUAUGAAACCGGUUCGAUCCGUCCUCGGGCCAUAGGAGGCAGUAAACCCAGGGUGGCUACUCCAGAGGUGGUGGCAAAAAUUGCUCAGUAUAAAAGAGAGUGUCCAUCCAUUUUUGCCUGGGAGAUCAGAGAUCGACUGCUGGCAGAAGGAGUCUGUACCAGUGACAAUAUACCCAGUGUUUCGUCAAUUAAUCGAGUGCUCAGGAAUUUGGCCAGUGACAAACAGCAACUGGAUUCAGUAGGCGGUGAAGGGAUGUUUGACAAACUGGUUAAUGGUCAAAGCAGCUGGGGAGGCCGCUCAGCGUGGUACACCGGAACCACACUUGCUUCAGCUGCAGAGCAUCUACAAGGAGAUGCAGGGGAGACCACUAUAUCAGUUAUUUCUAAUGGUGAAGAGUCAGAGGAGACUCAGAUGAGACUUCAGUUGAAAAGAAAACUCCAAAGAAACAGAACAUCUUUCACACAGGACCAGAUAGAAGCACUAGAGAGAGAAUUUGAAAGGACUCAUUAUCCAGACGUAUUUGCCCGAGAACGCCUUGCUAACAAAAUAGACCUUCCAGAAGCAAGAAUACAGGUUUGGUUUUCCAACAGAAGAGCGAAAUGGAGACGAGAGGAGAAGCUGAGAAACCAACGUCGUCAGGCGUCAAACUCGUCCAGUCAUAUUCCCAUUAGUAGUAGCUUCAACACCAGUGUUUACCAGCCUCUACCACAACCUACUACACCAGCCUCCUUCUCAUCAGGAUCCAUGUUGGGAAGGUCUGAUCCAAUUCUGUGUAACAGCUAUAGUCUUCCAGCCAUGCCCAGCUUUAGUAUGUCUGGCAACCUGUCUAUGCAAGCGUCCAACCAGACCUACUCCUGCAUGUUGCCCCCCAGCCCCAUUAUAAAUGGUAGAAGCUAUGAGACAUAUACUCCUCCACACAUGCAGUCACACAUCAACAGCCACUCAGCGACUUCCUCUGCAACAUCUUCAGCAGGUCUCAUCUCCCCUGGUGUCUCAGUACCCAUUCAAAUUCCAGGAAGUGAAGCAGAUAUGUCACAGUACUGGCCACGCCUGCAAUGAUGUCUAAUCUGAAACAAGUACUGUGUAGAACUGUUUGGGUGUGUGAGACGGAUCAAAGCUGUAACCUCAGCUUCACACAGGACUCAGUGAGAAUUUAUUCAUCAGUUAUUUGUAAUUAACAAUUGAUGUACAAAUUGUGAAUACUGUUACAUAAUUGGAAAGAUGUAAUACAACUUGGGAGAGGGGGGCUUUCUUUUGCAAAUAUGUUGAAUUAGCACAUUAAAAGCACAGGAUUUAGGAUCUAUAUGAAGUUUCAGCAUAUGAAUUCUGGUAAAAUGUCCUGGUAUUACUAUAAAACCCUGAUCUAAAACUGGAAUCGAUCUUGAAAUAAACUCUUGAAAUAAACUUUUGAAAUGAGAAAAUGUUUUGGUUUGAAUGUCAACGUUCCUGAACCUGCUAAAAAACUAGAAACAAACAGUUUGAAACAAACUAGACCAUAAUAGAGUAACUAAAUUGUAAUGACUGUAGGAUUUAAAUCUGAUUUGAUUUCAACAUGUAAAGUUCUGGUCCACAUCAGGAUUUCAGUACAGUGGAUCAUGCCUGUAGCUAAUCCAAGUGAUCAGAUUUACACAUCUACUACCCCUCAAACACUAGUUCCUGGCUGGAUUAUGUUCGCACCAUUUGUGUCCAUAUGGACAUUACCAAUUUCUCACACAUCUGGACUGAUAUUGUAUGUUUUUGGGCCUGGACCAUAUGAAACCGUAAACCAACCGGGUCUGUGCUUACUCCUGGGACGGUUUAUCCCGAUUUUUAUUUAGUGUUGGUAUUUUUGCUUGCGCAGGGUUUUUGAACCAUUUUGUGCGUUUGUAAUGUUGGGACUGAUUGAGUCAGUUUAUGUAUUUGACUCCUUGGGGGGUUUAAUUCUGGCAAACACACAGUUCAGUUAGUAAUGUCACUAAAUGAUUAUUAUAAACCAUUUUCAAUUUCUUAGUAUUAUUCUGUCUGUAUCAACCUGCUUCUGUUGUUAAAUAAAACCCUGAACCAUACAUUCAGUCUCUGUCUUUCAGUGAGUUUCAAAGGCUUUCUAACAAACUUGACAUUACCAAAAUAGACAAAAGUUAUGUUUUUACCAUUAAUACACUGAUUUCUUCUUCAGAGCUAUUGCUAGAACAGCUAUUAUAUACUAUUACUAAUAUACUAUUAUCAAUCACUGUAGCCUUUCAAGCUAUCUCUCCCAGUACUUUAGUGUGUGAACAGAAAGGAAGACCCAAACCCACAGCUACUGUGGGCAGAUGAAGGAAACCGCUUGAAUGAAGACAAAGAAAGUCUAAGAAAACAGUUUGACAGGGGCAGGACCAGGAAGCAGGACCAGCACUGCCAUCUUGGUACCCUGCUGGGAUAAGAACAUGAC